UUUUGCGUUCGAUCAAAAAUCAAUGUCAAGCCUAUCAAGACUACGCAUCCGCCUUUGAGAGCCUAAAUGUUAAACGUCUUAGAAAUGAGUUUAACAAAUGCAGCGAAACUUUUAGAAAGGACGGAAACUUUGGUCUAGUAAAACAAACGCUUGAUGCGAUUUAUCGACGUAAAAUUCAGCAGUUGACUCAAACUUAUUUGACUUUGUCAUUGGUCGAUAUCGCUGACACUAUUGGCCUAGAAGGUCGGGAAGCACCUAAGGUCGCGGAACGUUACAUUCUCCAAAUGAUCGAAUCUCGUGAAAUAUUUGCUACUAUUAGUCAUUCUGAUCAAGGUGGAAUGGUAUCUUUCCACGACGAUCCUGAUAUGUAUAAUACGUCAAAUACUAUCGUCAAGCUUGAGGAACAGAUAUCCAAAGCUACCAAAGUCAGCGACCGUGUUAUCCAAACUGACCGGCUUAUUGGUUGUAGUAGAGAAUAUCUUGUUAAAAGUAAAAAUAUUGCAUCUGGAGGCGUAAUGCCUGGUGGUAGUCAUAUGGAUGAUCAAGAAUUUUUUGCAGGAGGCGGCGGAUUUGACAAUUUCGAUGCUGAUGACGGAGGAAG